UCACCCUCACCUCCACUUCAACCUUCCCAAUUCAUCGUAUCUAAAUUUCUGCACAACACCCCUCUCAAAUAUCCACAUCCUAGGUACUCCCUUAACAACCGACCUUUCCGCUUGAAUUCGAAACGAGUUAAAUAGAACCUCCCAAUGGACCACCCACAAACUCCCCGUAUCCUUGCCCCGCACCUCGCCCAGUUCCAGCACAAGCUUGUGCGCAUGCUAGGGAAAGUAGUCCAACUGCGGGGUGAGACAGCUGUCAUUGAUGCGGGUGGUAAUGUGGAUGUUGUGCUGAAUCGGGAUUGCCAUCUUGUGCUCAACCAUGCUGUAGAAAUAAUUGGGAAAGUCGAUGGCAAUUUAAAUGUCAAGGUGCAAGCUGCGACGGACUUUGGAACUGGGGUCGAUUUCGAUGCUGCAAACGCGGUUGUGGAGGCUACGCAUCGCCACAAGGAGAUCUUCUAUGAUGGGGAUUGAGUGCACGCUGGGAAACAUGCAUCCUGUGACAGUUUCUCCAUGGUGUCUGCGAGUUUGAUGCUGCCCCAGGAGCACGACCGGCUACGACCGACUGAAGGCGAGGUUGUGCGGACGGUGUAAUUGCAUGAUGGCAUAACCCAUGGGAAUGGAUGGCUCGUUGAUGUCUUGGAUUCAAGAAAAGAGACAGUAUUAGGUGCAAGGGUACCGGUAUCUGUAUAGGG